AUGAUUUCCCAUUAUGGGGAGGAUACCCCUGAUGCGAACGCGGAAGGCUUGCGGAGCGACACACUGCUCACUCCGAUCGGGCGUGUUCGCUAUGAUAGGGAAGACGGACCUUGGAAGCUUCAUGCCCCUCUCGAUUGCAACUUCGUAAAAUCACAAGGAUACUUAGUUCACGAUGCCUGCUUGCAAGUUCUGAGAAGUGUUCAUGGGGCAGUGGUGGGGGCGGCCAGGCCAUUGGAUUUAAGUGAAGUCUUGCUUGUCUUCGAAGUCAGUGGCAAAGAACGUGACUCGAAAGAGUACGAUUGGGGAUUUGGCAAUGCAUUCGACGGUCCAUCUCGCCCACAUCAUCGACUAGACAAACAUUUCUGGAAUGCCGUGGAGAAUACAGAGUGGACGGUAGUGAAUCCUCAAAGGAAAUUUGAUAUACGGCCAUUUGUUACCGCCGCAUUGGAGACCUCAAGAAAAGGCCUGUCAUUCAAUAUCAAGUGCGAUAAGGGAGUGGGUUCAGGUCUCGACUCAAAGCUCCACUCCGCCUUUUCGACCAUCCCGAUCGAAGUCCGCUUGCUUGUAUUGGAAAUGUUGCCCACAAAAUCAGUGCUCAGUCUGUUCUUGGCAUGUUCGGCUUUCAGAGAACUCUCGAUGAACUUGCCUCAAAGCUUUUGGAGAUCCCGCAUGCUUUUGGAUGUCCCUUGGUGUGGAGGUGAAGCCUUAGCAGAAGUCUUGCGACAGGAAACCCAGGUCUAUCCCUUCGAUAAACUUCUCCGUCUAAUACGAGAAACCUCGGCGCCCGGCGGUGGGAAGCUCGAUAACAAUGACAGCCUCGUCGAUUCUGUGAAAGACUCGAUGACACUCAGGAACAGACGCCGGAUAUGGAGCAACAGUGAACAAAUCAUUCGUGACAUUGAGGCCCGACAUGCAACAGUUCGACCUGUAACCGGCAUUGUCCCUACUGAAAUGCGCAAGUUAAGCUCUCGCGGCACCGUCUUCAUCUCACGAGACUUGGGCGAGAUGCCCCGAGCAGCGUCAACCGUCUACUUCGUUCCAGAUAUUGUCAAAAGGAGCCACCUUAACAAAAUCAUCGCCCACUUCGGAGCUGAUAGUCAGAUUGUCGGCGUCGAAUUCCAGCUUCUGGACGAAACUUUCGCACGAUUGUUCGGAAAUCGAAGUGAAUUGACCAACCAGAUUACUUUGGAUUCGCCACAGGUGAUCCUUGGUCUGUGCCUAUCUUUUGGUAGCCCAGUACUUAACGAGAAGGAGCGUAGGAUCCGUGGUAUUGGGUUUGUCACUCAGAAUAGCCCGUCGAAGCCCGCUUAUGUUCUCGGAAAUUUGCACGACGGUGAUAUAGUGCAGGUUUUACGAGUCAAUUCUGGACAGGAGGUCGUUGGUAUUGCAGGAGAGUUUAGCGAUCAAACCAUCACCAUGUUUUCCAUAAUCAUAGCAGAUCAAAACUUUCGCCCUAUUCAUGCUCAUGGGCCUGGUAUCGACUUUACGCAACACACCCAGUGGGUUGGUCGCCAUCCACCGCUCGACUGGCCACGGGGGAAAUACUGUCUUGAGCAGCGCCGGAACGGCGGUCACAGUAGUUUCCCCGUUCUUCGUAACCCAUUCCCUCGUGUUCUAGAGCCUCCGGCGUAUUUCGUGAAUCUCUCCGGUCGGCAGCUCUCCCAAGUCCAGGCCUAUGGCGAUUUCGAGAAUGUGGAAGCAUACAAGCGAACUAUGAAGGGCCUUAUCUUCAAUUUCACAGACGGCUCAACAGAACGCAUCAGUGAAAAUUCUAAUUUUCUGGACAUCGCCAUGUCCACAACUCAUACUACUCAGUUUGAAGUCGGCCAGCGCGAGCAGAUUGUUGAUAUGGUCCUAUUUGCUGCCUAUAAGGCGCCCCUUGAUGGUUAUCAAAGCAAGCUGUGUGGAAUAGAAUUCAUAACAAGCUUGGGUCGGGCCCUUCCGCUAGGCUGCGUGACGACUGGCGAGCUUGUGCGUCGAGAACCGUUGCCACCGACCUACAGCGACAUUCCCGAACUUGGAGAUGUCUCGCGAAGUCUCGCCGCCAAUGUUCUUGCCCUCCUUGAUCACCUCCGAAUUCCAAAUUUCUACGUGCUAGGCGACUCGGGUGGGUCUACUUACGCGUUAGCCUGCGCGAAGGAAAUCCCCAGCGAGAGACUGCUCGGCGUAUCGGUCGUGUCAGGGGUAUAUCCGUUCAGUCUGGGAAUGCAGGGAAUGUCAUUGCCGGCUAAGGCGCUGUUACUUGCAGGGACCUGGCUGCCGACAUCCGUGAUGGCCAAAUUGAUGGACUGGGAGUUCGGUGCUGUGAUAAAAACAACCGAUUCGAAAGAAUCGGAGACGGCGUUUAUGAAAGCGAUGGAGGGCAAGAGUGAGGGAGAUAUUAGAUGCCUGGAUGACUUGGACUUUAGAUGCAUCGUCGUAGAGAGUAUGAAAGAGGCUUUCAGGGGCGGCAGUAGAGGUCCUGCGUGGGACUUGGGUAUCUUGGGACAAUGGGGAUUCGAGUUGGAGGAGCUUGAUUGUAACCGAAUCGGCUUGUGGUAUGGUCAAAAAGACAUUAAUGCGCCUUUUCUAAUGGCGGCAAAGGCGGCGAAGGUGAUCAAAGAUUGCACACUCUAUGCUCUUGAGGAAGAGUCGCAUCUCAGUCUUCCUUAUAACCUUCUUGAUGAAAUACUGGAAGAUUUACUAGGGAAUAAUGAUUAA